AUUUUGUUCUCUCAAAUAGUUUAUAUAAGGCACAAAUUUUAGAUAGUAAACUAUCAAACAAAGAAAGAAAAAGAAAGAAGAAGAAGAAGAAGGAUCGACGUUUGCAGAACGGAUAUGGAGAAGAAGGUGGCAUUGGUGAUGGCAUUGAUGUUGCUUAUGUCUACGUUGGUUUCCGCUGAGGAAUCACCAUCGAUUGGACAGAGGAUUGACUCUGCCGCAACCAGCGUUUCCACAUUCUUCAAUGACCAUGCCCGUCCUGCCGUCGAAUCCGUCACCUCAGCCUUCGAGUCAGUCACCUCCACCUUCAAAUCCGCCUACGACUGGUUUCAUGAUAGAGCGAAGGAUUUGGGACUCUAAAAGAUCUGUAAUCUGUUUAUGAGCGAAGGAAGAGGUUUGAAAACAUUUUCAGCGAUUACAGUUUCAUCUCCAUGUACCACU